AUGAGGCAGUUGGUACAUAUUAUUCAAGAGUUGAUGGGGUGUGGUGUGGAGCCUCGAGUAGAACUAGCUUUACGACGAACUCUGUUCUUUGGUUUAAUACUCCUUGGUUACCUAGUUUUUGGUGCUUUAAUCUUUUCUGCUUUACCAAAACGACAACAGACUUUGAAAUGUGAGAAAAGUGCAGCACGGUUGGAUGCGCAACGGAGUGAAAUGUUAAAUGUGUUUUGGGCAGAAACCAUGGUCCAGUCAGAACAUGAAUGGUUUUUGAUGGCUAAUCAGAAAUUGGACAUCUAUGAGCGGCUUGUGCUGAAUUCAUGUCGAAGAGUCGCCGCUUCACCAUCAAAAUCAUUCAAUAAAGCAUUCAUACAUGCUUUUACUCUGGUUACUACAAUUGGAUUCCUAGAUGAGGAAAAUUUCUCACCAAUUGGUAAAAUAGCAGCAAUGAGUUAUGGUAUUAUUGGCAUACCGCUGGCACUUUUAUACGUUGCUCAGUGCUCCAAAAUGUUUGUUGGUCUUCUUCCGGGUAACCAUAUCUUUAUAGCGGCACUUGUAGCUAUUUUUGCAACAGCCGUUGUUUUCGACAUUAUUGAGGAAUCCAACGACGAUACGCCGUUCAUCGACGCCGUCUUCCAUGUAUUUCUAAUAUUAUCAACGGUGGGAAGCUGCAAUAUCGAACCACCUGUUACACUUAUCUUUGUCGCUCUGUUCGCUGUUGGUCUAAUAUCUGUAUCUUAUGUAUUGAUCGAUCGGCAGAUCGAACAUGCUUUGCAGGGAUUCGAAUUGCUAUUUAGCAAAUAUUUUGGUAUACUUCGGCGUUGGAUGUGCAGUAAAGAUGAACUUGAGGAAAAUAAGAUAAUUGAGGAAGAAGAAGAAACCGAAUCUGAUACAUAG